AUGGCUCGAACAACACUACUGCUCCUUCUUGCUCUCUGUCUGGGCCUAGUCUCAGCAGUGGUAGAUUUCACACCUCAAGGCUACGCAUCACUCACACAUUAUGACCUCCCCCUUAACUACGUUGCAUCCUGCGGCUGUGUUGGAAGAUCGACCUUCUACCCCACUGCUGCCCUCAAUCGCUAUGCUUACGGCUCCAACACCUCCUUCGGCCCUUCCUGCGGCUCUUGCUUCGAAGUUCGUCUAGUGUCCACCCCUCUUGCUCGGCCACCGCCUCGACCAGGUACAAACGAUCCGUGGGGAGACGGCAUCUUUUACAACCCCGAUGAAGUCUCUUCUGGCUCCACGCCAAGCCUCGUUGUCAAAAUUAUCGACCUAUGUCCUGGCGCAGGUGGACCUUGGUGUAAUGCGACCUCGCUCACCAAUGGCAUCGUGGAAGGAAAUAGUCUAGGAUUCGAUGUACACUUCGACUUGGCUUGGCCAUCCAAGGCGAUAUCGAAGAACUUCUUCCCUGGGUCAAGAGAUUACGGUGCUUGGAAUGUGACUUAUGCCGCCGUGUCGUGUGAGAAGUGGGCUGGAUGGAAGGACAAAUCGGCAUUAGGAUCCGAUUGGAGUCAAGAAUCAUCGGCUUGCUGUCCCAACAGCCCGCCCCCGAGUGGGAACGAUGCUAGCUGCCCAGCAUAUUACAAUACAUUGGGGGUUGGUGGUGCAGUUCCACCAAAUACGAGCAACAUUCUGUCGAAAGGAAAAGGGUCGUCAAAUGUUGCAAUUACGACCUUGAAGCAUGAUACUGCCGCUCGCCUCCUUACAGUGCUGCUGAUCGCACUUGCGCUCACUUUCGAACUGUCAGUUGCCACGGGUCCGUCAAUACUCUAG